AAAUAAAUGCAAUCCCACCGUUGUGCGUGCAGCAGAUCUGAUGAUUGGUGGAUCUUGAUCCAGUACGUACGUAGCGGCAAAGAAACGGAACGCCCGCAGCGAGCGACCGAGCUAAUUAUCGGACGCGUGUGCCGCUCGGCCAACCCAGGCGCGCCGCGUAGCCCCAGAUAUUUCCGCGUGUGGUCUUCCCGGCAGCCACACGCGUCGGCACCGCCGCCACCCCCGGCCGAGGAGCCAACCGAAUCCUGAGACUAUCCGGUGCCAGCCGCCGUGAUCGCGCCACGCGUCCCCCGCCAAGCGAGGCCCGGCCGGCACGUGUCGCCCCAGAGCACGGGCGCGCAGGCGCGACCGCCGGGGCACGCGUCCCGCCCGCCAGUGUGCCCGCCGUGGAUGCUGUACGUCAGCUAAGUAAACUAAGCUCGCAUGAUACAUGGCAAAGUAAACUAAGAUUGGCAGUGUGCGCGCAAGAUAUUUUGGGGAUGGCGAGCAGCGCUGUGCUGCACCCGCAUGCGCAGCACCGGCGCGCUCUGUCCGGGCAGCGAGCCUGGAUCGGGCGGUGGCGACAGGCGCUGCUCCGGUCCAAGAACGGCACUGUUUUGACGGGGGCACGGCAGACGGCACGCAAGGCAAGAGGGAUUAGCGUGCGGGGAUGAUGGAGAUAUUUUGCGUGCGGGGGAGUGCGACAAGGAUCGCUUUUCUGAUCGCAACCGUACCGCGAGCGGCUAUUGCGGCCGAGCCGUACAAUUGUCACGCGCGGCGCGGCGACACGAGGAGCAGGGCUGGCCGGCCGGGUCGGGGUCGCCUCCAGGGAGCACGGACGGGACGGCCGCCCACGUAUAUAACUGCCCACCCGCCGGCGCCGCCCCGCUCCGCGCUCGUACUCGCGAAUCGCAGUCACGCUCAGAGUCACACCACCACGUCGGGCAACUAGGUUCGGCUGGCACGCGCGGAGGCGCCGGGAGGGAGUCGCCGGACUCCGUUGGCUCGGUGCACGGGUUGGGUAGCAUUCGGUUAGCAUGAGCGAGGGAACGCGGGAGAUGAGGCGGCUGCGCGUUGGCAGCGCCGGCGGCGGGGGCGGCAGCAAGGCGAACGCGAGCGGCGGCAUCGGCAUCGGCAUCGCCGACGAGUGGAGCAGCGGGGGGCGCGGCAUUGGGGCGCGGAUCCGCGGGGUGAACGUGGGGAUCCUGGAUGAGCAGGUGCUGGCGCUGGUGUUCCGGGCGCUCAACUGGGACCCGCAGGCGCUGUGCUCCGUGGCGCGGGUCAGCCGCCGCCUGCGCGCCGUCGCGGAGCGCGUGCUGUGGCGGGAGCUCUGCGUCUCGCGCGCGCCGCGGAUGGUGUCCACGCUCACCACGGGCUCCUCGGCCGCGUCGGGCCGCGUGGGCGGCGGGUGGCCGGCGCUGGCGAAGCUGCUGCUCUUCUGCUGCGGCGCGGCGGGGGCCGGCGUGCGGGGCCACUUCGCGCCCGUGUCGCGCUUCUCCAAGACGUCCGGCCGGAGCUUCCUGUCGCGCCGCUGCGGCGGGGACCUGCUGUACGUGUCGGACCCGUGCGAGCACGCGGCGGCCGGCGCCGCGGCCGACGAGGACGUGGGCGCCUACCGCGGCGUGUUCCGCGGCUUCAUGCGCUCCCGCACGCGCGCCUGCCUGGUGGGCGGGCGGGCCCCGCUGGAGCCCCGCGUGCGCUGCCCCUACUGCGGCGCGCGCGUCUGGAGCGUCACAGCGGCCGGCCUCGCGCCCCGCAGCGCGUGCCGCCGGCUCGGCGCGCACGAGGGCCGCCUCGAGUACUUUGUCUGCGUCAGCGGCCACCUCCACGGCAGCUGCUGGCUCGCGCGCCUCUCCUCCAGCGACGGCGACGGCGACGGCGGCCGCGGUGGCGAGGACACCGACUCUGACGACGACGGGUUCACUGCCACGGCCGACAGCGACGACGGGCACAUGGAGCUGUGACGCGAAGAGCUUGUCUUAGCCACAUGAAAAUGCAGUAGAGUAGAAGCAUAUUCCCCGUUUGUUUUGUUGGCUUUGUAUAAUCUCGUGGCUCCUGUGGCCUUGCUGCAAUCCAUUUUUGCACUGCCGCA